AUGGCUCAGACGCAGAGAAAGAGCCAGAUAUCGGUAAUUCAAAGACGCACCACGCCGCCCCGCACCACGCCGCCCCGCACCACUCCGCCCCACACCACGCCGCCCCGCACCAAGUGGAUCUGCACCACGCCGCUCCGCACCAAGCCGCCGCCCCGCACCAAGCCGCCCCGCAUCAAGCCGCCCCGCACCAAGCCGCCCCGCACCAAGCCGCCCCGCACCAAGCCACCCCGCACCAAGCCGCACCGCACCAAGCCGUCCCGAAUCAAGCCGCCCCGCAUCAAGCCGCCCCGCACCACGCCGCCCCGCACCACGCCGCCCCGCACCACGCCGCCCCACACCACGCCGCCCCGCACCACGCCGCCCCACACCACGCCGCCCCGCACCAAGUGGAUCUGCACCACGCCGCUCCGCACCAAGCCGCUCCGCACCAAGCCGCUCCGCACCAAGCCGCUCCGCAUCAAGCCGCCCCGCACCAAGCCGCCCCGCAUCAAGCCGCCCCGCACCAAGCCGCCCCGCACCAAGCCGCUCCGCACCAAGCCGCCCCGCACCAAUCCGCACCGCACCAAGCCGCACCGCACCAAGCCGUCCCGAAUUAAGCCACCCCGCAUCAAGCCGCCCCGCACCACGCCGCCCCGCACCACGCCGCCCCGCACCACGCCGCCCCGCACCACGCCGCCCCGCACCACGCCGCCCCGCACCAAGCCACAACGCGCCGCUCCACAACCCCCCGCACUACGCCGCACCACACCGUACCACGCAGCACCGCGCAAAGGAGCUGGGGCCGCCGUGUGA